UCUCUCUCUCUCUCUCUCUGUUAAAAUUCAACUCUGCAAAAAUUAGGGUUUCCAAAAUCCCAAAGACCUCAACUGAAAAAGGCCGCGACGCUUUUGCCCUACCGUGUGCCCCGCGGCACCAGAUUUUUUAGGGUUUGAUUUACGGCAAAGCUUUGAUGUCUUAUCAAUGGAGACUACUUCCUUCACCCUCUUCUCCUCAUCUUCCCAGACCUUCCUUGUAGCCCUCGCCUUCACUUUCCUCUCUCUAUUCCUCGCCGUCCGAUCACGCUCCUCCAAACCCCGGCGCUCCCAAUCGGACGGCGGCGGCCCCUCGUCCUCGGGAAACGAGAAACUCUGCAAUUGCUGCUGUCACUCUAACGGCGUCGACGCAACGCACUUGAACGGCGGGACGGAGAAGCAAAUGGUGGCCGUCACGGUGGCGGAGACGACGGGCGCGUCGAUGAUGGAGCAGUUGGUUCCGGAGAUUACCACCCACGCUCUUAGCUACCUGGACUUUCAGAGUCUCUGUAAUCUUUCGAUGACUAAUUCGCUGAUGCGGAAGGCCGCUAAUGACGAUAAUGCUUGGAAAGCUCUGUACCAUAAGGACUUUACGUCGGAACAGGAUAGUGUAAAUCCAGUUAAUGGUUGGAAAGCUUACUAUGCUGCUACAAGAGCGAUCGUAAAUGUCAAUGAUCAAUUCUUCAACUUCAUCAGAGAUAGGUCACUUCCCGAAAUGCGUCAUUUAUGGCUGAAUGCAGAUUAUGUGAAGUGUGUUCAUCCCUCAGGGGAAUUCUUUUCAGGGUAUACUGCUGUAGUACGGAGUUGGCAACUCGCUUUUAAUUGGGAGCAAGGAGUUAACUUUCAGGUUCGGGAUCUGUGUGCUCGUGUACUCACUGACAUAGCUUGGGUCACCAUGAAAACCUAUGUUGGUGAUCACCUGGAUACCGGUCCAUUUAGUGUAACUAACAUCUUUGAGUUCCAUAAUGGGCGGUGGUACAUGGUGCAUCAUCACAGCUCUGUGUUGGAUGAGGUAGAACACCAGAAUGCGUAAUCAAUAGGAAAGAAGGAAUAUCCUAUCAUAUACUUAAUACUAGUGACAGAACUAGUGGUUUUUAUUGCACAAGCAACUGAAGCAAGUGCUUAGACUUUCGCUAUCAUUUCCUGGCAAAGAUCUUUUUAUUAUUCCAACCUCAAUUUUGGUAUUUUCUGGUUAAGGGGUUUUCUCUGUUUUUCACAGUUCCGUCUCCUGUCAGCUUUCUGACCUUAUUGCGAAUUAGUUACUUUACUUAAAAAUGAGAUGUAAACUGAGAUUGAAAAGGCACUUGAGCUUUCUGGAAAACUUAGUGAUCUUGGAAACUUCUAGAUUGAGGGCAGUCGCCAAGUGUAUGGGAAGCCAGCUUCAAAGCUAUUGAAAUUGUCAAUCGAAUGGCAACAAGAAACUUGUAUAGGAAUGAAUUAUGUUCGGCAUGCAAGAUCGGUCCGUUUUUUCUCG